UUAUUUUUCACUCAAAAUCUAGUUCGCGCGAUGAAGUAUUGAAAUCGUCAAACUAAACUAAAUCCGCAAAUCAUAUUUAACCAGUUGAGUUUGAGGUUUGAGGAUGAUCUGAACGGCGGCUUAUGCACGGGGUGAGGCAUGCAAUGGGCAAGCAGUGACUGCUGCGGCCGCAUUUGAAGCUUCCGUAUUGCGUAAAUUGGAGAAUGCUCCUGCAACGGGGAUGGCGGCUGAUGCUUAUGCGUUCUCCAUCGGCAUCGCAUUCGCCGAAGCUUGGCAAGCUGCCGUGAAAUCCAAUUACCUCGCCAAUUUCUUUGGCGCAAAAUCGGAAACAGUUUCGUCUUGUUACCACGUUCAAAUUUGUAGCUAAAAUAACAUAUGUAGAGUGAGAGAAUGAAUGAUGAACAAUACAGUUUCCUUGCGAUAGCAAUCCGACACCGGCGACUAAUUGGAAUCGAAGGAUCUCGACUAGUACGGACAGAGAGGAGACCGGACGGGUGAAAUUAAAACCUAAGUCGGAAGGUUGGGAUCCGAUAGAAAGGCAGAAAUUGAUUAAUUGCUGUUGGAUUAACGAAGGCAUUAGGCCAUUUUUCUGGGUAAGUAAUCAUUGGCACUCACGAUUUUUCCCGGUAUCAAUUCGUCGGAAAAGGGAAUCGGGACGUAAACGAGAUAAAAAAUAAAAGUUUGAAGAUGGAAAGAAGACAGCUUAAAGUUCAAGGACAAAAAGAGAAAAGGUUGAAACUUUAAAGAGAGAACUGAGAAAGUAUGGUUUAGCCAAAUUUUGUUCAUAAGCAUAAAUGGGGUCGGCGAUAAUGCGAGCCACAUAAACGUGGUGCGUUUUCACCCUCACAAAUUACAGUCGAGGCACCAUAAUACUCUCCUCUUUCGUCUUUUGCCCCUGCAACUUCGAACGUUACUCGGAGCGCACUCAUCAGGACAAAAUAGAGAACGAGAGAGAGGGAAGCGGAUGGAGGAGGUCUCAACGGGGGCUAUAGUCCCUGCAGUGAAGCCAGAGACCAACCUUUCCUCCGGAACUGACCCACCUGAGCGUGCCACCGCCACCGUUUCUUCUACCGGAGCCACUGCUGUGGCGGAUGAGGAAUUCUUGGAGGUGGACAAGGACUUCCUGUGUCCGAUUUGUAUGCAGAUUAUAAAAGACGCAUUCCUCACGGCCUGCGGGCAUAGCUUCUGCUACAUGUGCAUAGUCACUCAUCUUCGCAACAAGAGCGAUUGCCCCUGUUGUGGCCAUUUUCUCACCACCAAUCAGCUUUUCCCUAAUCUCUUGCUCGACAAGCUAUUGAAGAAGACAUCUGCUCGUCAAAUAUCAAAAACUGCGACACCCGUGGAUCAUUUUCAUCGUGCAUUGCAGCAGGGGUGUGAAGUGUCAAUAAAGGAUCUAGAUACCCUUUUGUCACUUCUUGCGGAGAAGAAGCAAAAAAUGGAGCAAGAAGAAGCGGAGAGAAAUAUGCAAAUACUAAUGGAAUUCUUGCAGUAUUUGAAGAAGCAAAAAGUUGAUGAAUUGAAUGAGGUGCGAACUGAUCUCCAGUUUAUAAAAGAGGACAUAGAUGCUGUAGAAAGUCAUAGAUUAGAGUUGUUUCAUACAAGGGACAGGUUCUCAAUGAAAUUGAGAGUGCUUGGAGACGAUUUAAGUGCAAGAAAACCGUGGACUGCAUUGGUAGAUAAGAACUGUAGUGGUUCCAUCUCCAGUUCUCACAUUAUAAGAGGAGGGAUGUCUUCAGGGAAUAUCCCAAACAAGAAAUUGGAUUUAAAGGCUCAAGUAAGCUCCCAUGGUCUUCAGAGAAAGGAUGCUUCAAGUGGGGUGAGUCAAUCUAGCCUGUCGGUGGUAAGAAAGAAGCGGGUCCAUGUGCAGUUCAAUGACCUGCAAGAGUGUUACCUGCAAAAGCGACGUCAGUUGGCAAACCAACCCCAUAAACAACAGGAAAGGGAUAAAACUGUUAUAAAUAGAGCUGGUUAUAGUGCAGGCCUUGCAGAGUUUCAAUCUGUUCUCAGUACCUUCACUCAAUACAGCCGGCUGAAGGUCAUUGCCGAAAUCAGGCACGGGGAUCUAUUUCACGCGGCCAAUAUUGUAUCAAGCAUAGAAUUUGAUCGCGAUGAUGAAUUGUUUGCCACUGCUGGAGUUUCUCGACGAAUCAAGAUUUUUGAUUUUUCUACAGUUGUGAAUGAGCGUACAGAUGUGCAGUGUCCUGUUGUGGAGAUGUCUACUCGUUCUAAACUUAGUUGCUUGAGUUGGAACAAAUAUGAUAAGCAUCAUAUUGCCAGUAGUGAUUACGAGGGAAUAGUGACAGUUUGGGAUGCAACAACUCGGCAGAGUGUGAUGGAAUAUGAAGAGCAUGAAAAACGUGCAUGGAGUGUUGAUUUUUCUCACACAGAUCCCUCAAUGCUUGUGUCUGGCAGCGAUGACUGCAAGGUAAAAGUUUGGUGCACAAAUCAGGAGGCAAGUGUACUGAACAUUGACAUGAAAGCAAAUAUAUGUUGUGUCAAGUAUAAUCCUGGAUCUAGCAAUUACAUUGCGGUUGGUUCAGCGGAUCAUCACAUCCACUAUUUUGAUAUAAGAAACAGCAGCCAGCCACUGCAUGUGUUCAGUGGGCACAAGAAAACUGUUUCAUACGUGAAGUUCUUGUCUAACAAUGAGCUUGCUUCUGCAUCUACAGAUGGCACAUUGCGGUUAUGGGAUGUGAAGGACAAUUUACCGGUACGUACCUUCAGAGGGCACUCCAACGAGAAAAACUUUGUUGGUCUUACAGUAAACAGCGAUUAUAUUGCCUGUGGUAGCGAAACAAAUGAAGUAUAUGUCUACCACAAGGAGAUCUGUAAACCAGUAACAUGGCAUAGGUUUGGUUCACCCAAUACAGACGAUACUGAUGAGGAUGCAGGAUCUUACUUCAUCAGUGCUGUCUGCUGGAAGAAUGAUAGUCCUACAAUGCUGACUGCAAACAGCCAGGGUACCAUUAAAGUAUUAGUUCUUGCAACUUGAAAAUGAAGUUAAGAAAAGAUAGUAGCACAGUAGGAAAAAGAAACAAAUUGGUCGAUUCUUGACACCCAAUUCACCAACUGUCAAAAAUUGUGUAUUUAACCUGUAAAUAUAUAAAUAUAUAGUGGGAGACUGAUAGUGUAUAUGUGGUUAGGUUUUCCAUACCAUUAUAUCUGUAAGUUUACUGUUCUUGGUCCUAAGCUAUGCAAUUACUGACUAAUUUUGUGAACUGUCGAUACAGAGUAUGAAUUCUAUCAAAUAAUUUGUGUAUAACAUUAUAUUUAUAUGGCUUAGAGGCGACAAGACAAACUUGGCAAUCAUGUUGGACA